AUGAACGACAUAAGAAGCUGGCUGGGGAGCGGCGACCCGCCCUUGCUCGACUCGCUCUUGGACCUUCCGGAUACCUUGAAUUGCACCGAAAACCACACAAUCGAGAACAUGGACCUCUCUUGGUUUGAUGAUAAGACGUUCAUCGGUGAAUCUUCACUGUUCGGUGGGUACAAUUCCUCGAAUCCGAUCGGCCCCGAUGAACCUGCAACUCAAAUCCAACCAGAGCCCUUUUCAAGCAACAUCUUGCAAGAAACAGACUUUCCUGGACUCGAAAAUCUCCCCGAGGUCGUCGUUGGGGAAUCGCAUGAUUCACUUCUACAAAAAGCGGGCCCACACGUCUUGGCAGAUCCAGACGUGGAUCAGACCACGACAAAUGAACAGAACAAGAGGAGGCCUGGAAGUCCAACUUUACAACCAAGCAAGAGAAAUGGGCCGAUCUCCUCACAGUCCUCGAAACGCAGGACAAAACUGUCUCCCGAUGCAAAGAAAGUGCUGGAGGAGUUCUUCGCACACAAUAUCUAUCCCGAGCCAAACGACGUUGCCAAGCUUGUCGAGCAGACAGGUGCUGAGGAACAACAAAUCAAAACGUGGUUUAGGAACCAACGAUCCCGAAAGCUCAAUUUCGGUAAGUAUGAUCGUACAUCAUAUGCCGCUGCUGGAUCCCUCUAA